AUACAUGCCAGCGGUAGCUUGGAUGGCUGUUGAUAUGGUAAGUAGGUAUUCAAAGAGCAAGGUAUCCCAGAGACCAGGAGACCGGGAAGACGACGCCGGGAAAGGAGAAAAGAUGUGAGAAGAGGCAAAAAGAGCGAAGGGAAGAGGUGAGGAGGCAACAGGGUCCGCCCUCCAGGCGGGGCGCCAGCGAGAGGCCCAGGCUGGGGCGUGAGCGCACGUGGCCUAUUUCGGGCGGAGCGGACACGCUUGGCCGCAGCGGAGACCUUCGAGCCGUCCACAGGAGACGAGGCCUGAAGGACACCAAGAUGCCGGGCGAACAGCAGACAGAGGAGGAGGAGGAGGAAGAGAUGCAAGAGGAGAUGGUGCUGCUGGUGAAGGGUGAGGAGGAUGAGGGUGAGGAGAAGUAUGAAGUAGUGAAACUCAAGAUCCCUAUGGACAACAAGGAGGUCCCGAGCGAGGCGCCAGCGCCGUCGGCCGACCCGGCGCGCCCACACGCGUGCCCGGACUGCGGCCGCGCCUUUGCGCGCCGCUCAACGCUGGCCAAGCACGCACGCACGCACACGGGCGAGCGGCCCUUCGCGUGCACCGAGUGCGGCCGGCGCUUCUCGCAGAAGUCGGCGCUGACCAAACACGGCCGCACGCACACAGGCGAGCGGCCCUACGAGUGCCCGGAGUGCGACAAGCGCUUCUCGGCCGCCUCGAACCUGCGGCAGCACCGGCGGCGCCACACUGGCGAGAAGCCGUACGCAUGCGCGCACUGCGGCCGCCGUUUCGCGCAGAGCUCCAACUACGCACAGCACUUGCGCGUGCACACGGGCGAGAAGCCGUACGCGUGCCCGGACUGCGGACGCGCCUUCGGCGGCAGUUCGUGCCUGGCGCGCCACCGACGCACGCACACGGGCGAGCGGCCGUACGCAUGUGCUGACUGCGGCACGCGCUUCGCGCAGAGCUCGGCGCUAGCCAAGCACCGGCGCGUGCACACAGGCGAGAAGCCGCACCGCUGCGCCGUGUGCGGCCGCCGCUUCGGCCACCGCUCCAACCUGGCGGAGCAUGCGCGCACGCACACGGGCGAGCGCCCCUACCCGUGCGCCGAGUGCGGCCGCCGCUUCCGGCUCAGCUCGCACUUCAUCCGCCACCGUCGCGCGCACAUGCGGCGCCGUCUGUAUAUCUGCGCGGGCUGCGGCCGGGACUUCAAGCUUCCCCCUGGCGCUACAGCCGCCACUGCCACUGAACGCUGCCCAGAUUGUGAGGGCAACUGAGCCGCCGUUCUUGUCGCCGCGGGGUCUGGUUGGGGAGGGACAUACUGGGACCCAGGCCUGGGAUGCGUUAGCGUGGACGACUCCUCCUCAUCCCGCCACCCGGGACUGGGAUCGGGUGGGAUGGCAGUCUUGGCUGCCCUGGAACUGGGAGACAGAGAGAAUCCCCCGCCGAGGUUCCUGGAAACCGUGCCCACCUCCCCCUCAUUCCAUCCCCUCCGUCCGUGUUAGUGAAUAAAAUAUUAUAUCCUCACCCUA